AUGGCUGAAAUCGUUCUUUCUUCAUUCUUGACAGCAGUCUUUGAAAAGCUGGCCUCUGAAGCCUUGAAGAAGAUUGCUCGCUCCAAGGGAAUUGAUUCUGAGCUCAAGAAACUGAAGAGGUCAUUAAUCCAGAUCAGAGCUGUGCUUAAUGAUGCUUCUCAGAAGGAAAUAUGUGAUGAAGCUGUUAAAGAAUGGCUGAAUGGUCUCCAACAUUUGGCUUACGACAUAGACGACUUACUUGAUGAUUUGGCAACAGAAGCUAUGCAUCGUGAGUUGACCGAUGAAUCUGGAGCCUCCACCAGCUUGCUAAGAAAGAUAAUCCCAACUUGUUGCACAAAUUUCUCACUAAGUAGUAGGAUGGGUAGCACGUUAGAUAAUCUUACCAUUAAGCUACAAGAACUGGUAGAGGAAAAAGAUAAUCUUGGUUUAAGUGUGAAAGGUGAAAGCCCAAAACAUACGAACAGAAGAUUACAAACCUCUUUGAUAGAUGCAUCUAGCAUUGUUGGACGUGAAGGUGAUAAGGAUGAAUUGCUCCAUAAGCUACUGGGAGAUGAACCAAGUGACAGGAACUUUAGCAUUGUGCCCAUAGUUGGUAUGGGUGGGGUGGGUAAGACCACUCUAGCUAGACUUGUGUAUGAUGAGAUGCAAGAGAAGGAUCACUUUGAACUCAAGGCGUGGGUAUGUGUUUCUGAUGAGUUUGAUAUAUUCAAUAUAAGCAAAAUUAUUUUCCAAUCGAUAGGAGGUGGAAACCAAGAAUUUGAGGACUUAAACCUCCUUCAAGUAGCUGUAAAAGAGAAGAUUUUAAAGAAACGAUUUCUUCUUGUUCUUGACGACGUUUGGAGUGAAAGCUAUGCCGAUUGGGAAAUUCUGGAACGCCCAUUUCUUGCAGGGGCAGCCGGAAGUAAAAUUAUCAUGACAACCCGAAAGCAGUCAUUGCUAACCAAACUCGGUUACAAGCAACCUUACAACCUUUCCGUUUUGUCACAUGACAGUGCUCUGUCUUUAUUCUGUCAGCAUGCAUUGGGUGAAGGUAACUUCGAUUCACAUCCAACACUUAAACCACAUGGCGAAGGCAUUGUUGAAAAAUGUGCUGGUUUGCCAUUGGCUUUGAUCGCACUUGGGAGGUUGUUGAGGACAAAAACAGACGAGGAAGAAUGGAAGGAAUUGUUGAAUAAUAAAAUAUGGGAGUCAGGUAAGGGAGAUGAGAUUGUUCCAGCUCUCAAACUAAGCUACAAUGAUCUUUCUGCCUUUUUGAAGCAGUUGUUUGCAUACUGCUCCUUGUUCCCAAAAGAUUAUUUGUUUGAUAAGGAAGAGUUGAUUCUGUUGUGGAUGGCAGAAGGGUUUUUGCACCGAUCAACCACCAGCAAGUCGAUGGAACGCUUGGGUCAUGAAGGUUUCGAUGAGUUGUUGUCAAGAUCAUUUUUACAGCAUGCACCUGAUGACAAAUCAUUGUUUGUGAUGCAUGAUAUCAUGAAUGACUUGGCAACAUCUGUGGCAGGAGAUUUUUUUUCAAGGUUAGACAUUGAGAUGAAGAUGGAAUUUAGGAAGGAAGCUUUGGAAAAGCAACGCCAUUUCUCAUUGGUUUGUGAGAAGUACAUGGUUUACAAAAGGUUCGAAGCAUUCAAAGGAGCUGGAAAUUUGAGAACAUUCUUAGCAGUGUAUGCUGGGAAAAAAGAAAGUUGGAGAACAUUUUUCUUAUCAAAUAAGGUCCUUGAUGACUUACUUCAAGAGUUACCUUUGUUAAGGGUCCUCAGUUUGUGUCAACUUAGUAUAAGCAAGUUACCUGAAUCCAUUUCUAGUUUGAAGCACUUGCGUUAUCUUAAUUUAUCUCGAACCAGAAUCACAUAUUUAUCGGAUAAUGUCAGCAACCUUUAUAAUUUACAGACGUUGAUUGUUUCUGGCUGUAAAAGUUUGAAAAAGUUACCCGAGAGCUUCUUAAAGCUUAAAAAUUUGCGGCAUUUUGACAUGAGGGAUACUCCAUGUUUGAGGAAGAUGCCCUUAGGGAUUCUUGAGUUGAAAAGUCUACAAGCUCUCUAUGGGAUGGUUAUUGAAGGAGGCAAUGGAUUUUCAAUAAUUGAGCGUAAAGAUUUAAAUGAUCUCCAGUGGAAAAUUUCUGUUAAGGGGCUGGAAAAAGUGCAAGGCUCAAUGCAUGCACAGGAAGCAAACUUAUCUGAAAAGAAGCCAUGUGAGUUAGAGUUGGAAUGGAGUGAUGAAUUUGAUGGUUCUCGAAAAGAAACAAUUGAAAAGGAGGUCCUGAAUGUGCUGAAGCCUUGUAGUGAUAGUCUAAAAGAACUGAAAAUUGUGUCAUAUGGAGGUAUAGAGUUUCCAAGUUGGGUUAGGGAUCCCUCGUUUGGUCAGCUGACUCAUGUUAAGAUAAGCGGCUGUAAAAAGUGUACAUCUCUACCGCCACUUGGGCAGUUACCAUCACUUAAGAAUUUGGCUAUUGGAGGUAUGGAUGAGGUAAAAGUUGUGGGUCCGGAGUUGCUUGGGACUGGUCUUGCAUUCCCUUCACUUGAAACUCUAAGUUUUCGAGAUAUGAAAGGGUGGGAGGCAUGGUCAAACAAUAAUAAUGGGGUUGUCAUCACAACGUUUCCAGUCCUUCGAGAGCUUUGCAUUAGAAGUUGUCCUAAUUUGGUUAGAGUCUCCCUUGAAGCAUUACCUUCACUGAGGGUUCUAACGAUAAUUGGUUGUGACCAUGAAGUGUUAAAAAGUUUGGUCCAUGCAGCUUCAUCGAUCAACGAGCUGGAGUUAAGUCGUAUUUCUGGACUUAAUGAUCAGGUGUGGGGAGGUGUUAUAGAGCAUCUUGGAGCAGUUGAAGAAGUAAACAUCUAUGAGUGUGAUGAAAUAAGAUACUUGUGGGAAUCAGAAGCCGAGGCAAGUAAGGUUCUUGUGAAUUUAAGGAAGUUGGUAGUAGAAGGUUGUUCAAAUUUGGUGAGUUUAGGAGAGAAAGAGGAGGAUAAUUGUGGGAGCAACCUAACAUCUCUUACGAGCUUGACCUUAUUCGGUUGUGACAGCUUGGAGCAUUGCAGCUGUCCAAAUAGCCUCAAGUCACUUUUCAUCCAGAAUUGUGAUAAUCUGUUGGAAAAGGAUCAGAAGCCUCUGAUCAACUCAGACAUACUCAUGCUUGAAUCUGUAAUUAUACAUAAUUGGCCAAAUCUGAAAUCGAUCACUGAGUUGAGUUCCUUCAAUCACCUCAGGGAACUCGUAAUAACAAAUUGUCCAAAUAUGGAGUCAUUUCCUGACCACGAGUUGCCAAAUCUCACUGUGCUAAUACAUUUGUCAAUUACAUAUUGUCAAAGUAUGGAUGCUUCCUUUUCUGGUGGGCUUUGGCCUCCAAAAUUAUGUUCACUUAGCAUAGGGGGGUUGAAGAAGCCCAUUUCAAAGUGGGGCCCACAGACUUUUCCAACCUCACUUGUGGAACUGUGGUUAAUAGGUGGACAGUUGGACGACGUGUGUAAUUUCAGUCAGUUGUCCCAUCUUCUUCCUUCAUCUCUUACUACUCUUGAAAUAAAUGGAUUUGAGAAAGUGGAAUCAGUUUCAAUGGGACUCCAACACCUCGCAUCCCUCCAGCAUCUCUUCAUUUGGGACUGCCCAAAGAUGAUAGAUCUACCAGAAAUGUUGCUGCCUUCACUUUUGAGUUUGGAAAUUGAAGGAUGCCCACAUCUGAAAGAAAUGACUAGUAAAAGAGGCUCCUACUGGCCCCUCAUCUCCCUUAUCCCCUUCACCUUCAUAUUCUAA